AUGGCUACAGGCAAAGCAACCACGCUCGAUAUAUACGCUCGAACAUACAUACCACAAAUCUUACAAAGCAUAAAUGAUCGGCCUGCUCAGCAACUACACUCUCUACCAGCUCGAUGGAUAGAUUUCCAACAAUACGUUCAUUCUUUCGCAGGAUCCGCUUUCCUGACAGCUGAUCCAUUGACUCCUGAGAUUGCAGAGAUUCAGCCUGUCGGAGGCAUACAGGAUCUCGGCCCGACCAACUAUCAUACCGUCUUCAGAAAUGCACUAUCAACAGAAGCACAAGCGCUUCAGCAAGAGUGUAUCGAGCAUGCACUCUACAAUGUCCCACUACAGCUCGCCGAGCGAGACCCUCGACCAUCAAUGUACUGGCUCCGUGUCCCUGGCCUACGAGAGUUGAGCCUCCAGGUAGAGAUUGGAGAUAUCGUGCAGCUCCGUCAGAUCCACUUUGGUCUACGUGGCGAGAUUCUUGAAGCGCCGCUCCUGACAUACAACGCCGAAGGUCCAGUCACAAUUCCUCACUAUGUCGAGCAGCAAAACAACGCUGUCGUCUGGGCAAUCGACCGACUCCAUGAAAGACUCGUGUUGAGGAUCGACACCCUGGUACGACAGAGUAUGAAGUUCAAUGUCUGCUUCACCGUCCAGCAAGGUCGUCUUGGCGCUUUAUAUCGUGCAGUCGCCAAUGUUCAUCAUGCCAUGCCUAAUCAGGACUGGCUACGUAGCAUGCUCUUUCCUGCGUCCGAGGACGGCGUCAUGCAGAAGACGCUGAACAAGGCCACGAUCGACUGGACGAUGCACGACAAGCUGCUCAACUACGAACAGAUCCGCGCGGUGGACACGGCGCUGGCGAGGAAUUAUGGUGCACUUCCUUACAUAAUUUCAGGCCCGCCUGGGACGGGAAAGACGAAGACUAUGGUUGAAGUUGCGCUACAGCUUGUCGAGAGGAAGGAUGCUCAUCUCCUAGUCUGCGCUCCGUCGGAUCCUGCGGCAGACACACUGACCCGAAGGCUAAGACAGUCUCUAGAGCCAAAACAACUGCUAAGAUUGAACCCGCCUUCGCGAAGCUUCCCGGAAGUACCAACAGCGAUCCUGCCAUUCUGCUAUAUUGACGAUGACAUAUUCUCGCUUCCUCCACCACCUCAACUUAUGCGUUACAAGAUCGUCGUCACCACAUGCAGAGAUGCGGAGAUCCUACUCAGAGCUCGACUGAGCAAUGCAGAUCUGCACAGCCUCGAACAUGGUCUACUCUCUGCGCUCCACCCUGAGAACUCAAUACCACAGCAAACACUCCACUGGACCAGUCUACUCAUCGACGAAGCCGCACAGGCCAUCGAGCCCGAAGCAUGUAUCCCCCUCCUCGUAGUAACACCACCUUACAACUACAAACCCACCAAGGAGCAACACCUCCCCUCCGUAAUCAUGGCCGGCGACCACAACCAACUCGGCCCACGCACGGCCUCCAAAACCCACACCCUCCAAACCUCCCUCUUCGAACGCCUCCUCGCCCUAACGCCCUACGCCGCGCACCCCCUGACCCGCUCAAAACAAAACAACGGCAUAAUGCCCCGCCUCACCAAAUCCCUCCUCCCCAUCCCCCGCGCCCCCUUCGCAAACCUCAUCCGGAACUACCGCUCCCACCCUUCCAUCCUCGCCACACCCUCCUCGCUCUUCUACGCCGAUACCCUAGACCCCUGCGCCCUACCCACCUCCACCCUAACCUCCUGGACCGGCUGGCGGGGACGUAAAUGGCCCGUCCUUUUCCUCUCCCACAGCGGAAAAGACGAAAUGGAACAGGAUAACGGCGGCUGGUAUAACGUCUCUGAAGCUCGCCUCGCGCUUUCCACCGCCUUAUCCUUCCUCCAACAGGGGUUGAUAGAGAAAGCGGAUAUCUGCAUCAUGUCCCCCUUCCGCGCCCAAGUCAACCUUCUCCGUCGAUUAGCACGGACGCCGGAGUUCGGGCUCAGGGACGUGAGUAUCGGCCCCUUGGAAGCUUUCCAGGGGUUGGAGAGCUCGUUGCUAAUUCUUUGCACUACUCGUACUCGGGAGAGAUUUCUGGAACAGGAUCGGCUCAAGGGGUUGGGGGUUGUGGGGGAGGCUAGGAGGUUUAAUGUUGCGGUUACGAGGGCGAGGGAAGGGUUGGUUGUGAUUGGGAGUCCCCGGGUGUUGGGCAAGGAUGAGUGUUGGGGGGCUUUUUUGGGGUUUUGUGCGAGGAAUGGGUUGUGGGAUGGUGGGGCCAGUGAGCGGUAUAUGGGUGGUGAGGGGAUGGUUAGUCGGCUUGAGAGGCAGUUGAUUCAUUCCGGAGCGGUGGGAUUGAAUGAUGAGCGGGAUUUGAUUGACGGGGUAAGGAGGCUGGGGGUUUAUGAUGAUGAGGAGCAGAUUCGUUGGCGGGAGGGGGUGGAGAUGGAGGAGGUGGUGCGUGGAUUGGGAGAAGAAGGAGACGAUGAAGAUGAUGAUGGUAAUGAUGUUGAUGAUGGUCAUGAAGACGAAGAGGAUGGAGAGCAUGAAGACCAUGGAGACGGCCAUGACGAUGACUAUAGAUGA